AUGAAAAGCUUGGAUCACAAACAAACCACUAGCAGCAAUGUUAAGAAAGGAAUUGGAAUUUUGGCAGUCAUAGCAGGAUCAAUUCUAUACUACAUUUUCAUGCUACCUGAUCUUCGAUUCAACUGGAAUCAUAUCUUGCAAUCAUCAGUUCCAUCCACGCCAGCUCUGCCCGACUACCAAGAACUUCUAAAUGAGAUAGAUGUGGACUGCAGGGGAAUUAUCCGAGGAGAUAAACUCUCUGUUGAAAAGGCCAAACGAUGGAAGUACAACUCCAUACAAGCUGAGUUGGAAAUAUCCAAAGCUAAAAACAAGUGCCACGCCUUGAAAAAGCUUUUUGGAUUUCGCGUAGAUCUAGCAGAUGUUUCGAUAGAGGAAUUGAAAUAUCCACUUGCUUAUGGUGCAAUUGUUUACAAAAAUUUCAUACAGGUGAUGUUCAUGUUGAGCGCUUUCUAUAGGCCUCAUAACGAAUACUGUAUUGCUGUAAGUGGCUCAGCCGAAAAAUCGUUCAAAAUCGCAAUGGAUGAGGUGGCCAGUUGUUUCGACAACGUCCACGUGUUGCAUCGACCACAUAUUGAAUGGGGAUCGUUUGAGAUAAUCAACUCUACAUGGGUUUGCGUCGGAGUUCUGGCUCGUAGCAAGACAGACUGGAUGUAUUAUCAGCAACUUUCUGGUGCAGACGUUCCGCUUAAGACGAACCUAGAAAUGGUAAGGAUACUCAAACAGUUGAAUAAUACUGUAAACAGCGAGUUCUCGACAUUUCAAACGGAUCGCCUCGAGGGAAAAAAGGCAGAAAAAGGUUGGCAACUGUUGCGUUUUCUCAAUGAUACGUACAUCCCAGAUGAGGCGUUUUGGGCAACGCUCACCGGCAACGAAGAGAUAUUUCCGGUCCCUGGCGGGACAAGCGCUGAAAAGUGGAUAAAAUUUGAAAAAGACUAUCGAGCAAAACACAUGGCAGAAGUUGAUAACUAUAUGGAAACGAAGUUGCGUGAUGCAAGCAUGCAUUAUUAUCUGGCUAGACACCAAGUGUGGUACAGCAACUGUGGUGGCGAACUCAUGAGCGCUUCGUGUGUUUUCGGAGUAGAUGAUCUGGCCAAUAUAUUGAAGCAACCUCAUCUGAUUGCUCACAAGAUGUACCUCGACUUUCAACCUGCAGCAUUCUUUUGCGUUUUGAAAGAAAUCCGCGAAAGAGAAAAGAAGCCAAAACCGCUCAAUCUUACUCUAUACGCCGAGUUGCCGCAAGUUGAAUUGAGCUCUGGAGUGCCUUACGAGAAAUUGAAGCAUCCUCUUUGGAUGAUUUGGUAG